UAUUUUAUUUUAUUUUAUUUUAUAAAAAUAACACCAUUAUUAAUGGAUAUAUAUAAUAGCUUUGUUUCAUUAUUAGUUAUAUAAAUUCAAUUCUAAAGAAAACAAAAUAAUUCACAAUUUUUAUGGAUCGGAAUAACACGAAAUAACAUAAAUCAAUCAAACGCGAGACAGUAAUGUUAACACAAUAUAACCCUUGUCAUAGAUUAGAUAGUUUACUUUAGGUUGAAUACUCGACAACUAAAAUAGAAUGUAAACGUGGCUAGCUUCUCUUUUAACGUAUGCGUUCGAAUUUUUAUGUUAUUAGUUGUCAGAUAUAAUUCAGUUCUCACCGCGCUUAGUGUUAAAACAUGUUAAAUAAGGUAAAUAAUUCAGAUAAAAUAUGAAAAAACAAGGAAAAAUCAAUGAUUUACGAAGAUUACAUUUAUAUUAAUAAUAAUAAUAAUGAAUAAGUUGCAGCAAUUUAAUGGACAAACAUUAAAAUAUGUCAGCUUAGUUACAUUGACUCUUCAAAAUGCAUUGGUUGGACUUAGUAUGCGUUAUGCGCGGACUAGAUCUGGGGAUCUCUUCAUAUCAUCUACAGCCGUUGUUAUGUCAGAGUUUUUAAAACUAUUGACAUGCUUGGUUUUGGUCUAUAUAGAAGAAGGUGAACUAUUAAAAUUUUAUAAUGCCUUAAAACAAACCAUUAUAAAAGAACCUGUAGAUACUUUAAAAGUAUGCGUACCAUCAAUUUUAUAUAUCAUACAAAAUAAUUUACUUUAUGUGUCAGCAUCAAAUUUAGAUGCAGCAACAUAUCAGGUGACUUAUCAACUCAAGAUUUUAACAACAGCUUUUUUCGCUGUAGUAAUUCUUCGAAGAUCAUUAAGAAAUACUCAAUGGAGCGCGUUAAUACUUCUAGUUAUAGGAGUAGUAUUAGUACAAUUAGCACAAAGCGGAACAACAGUUACAUUACCAUCGGGUAUACAACAAAAUCAUUUACUUGGCUUCACAGCGGCCUUAAGUGCAUGCUUUUUAUCAGGUUUCGCAGGCAUAUAUUUUGAAAAAAUUCUUAAAGGAUCUGAUAUAUCUGUCUGGAUGAGAAAUGUUCAAUUGAGUUUAUUAUCUUUACCCUUUGGAUUAAUUACUUGUUUUUUAAAUGAUGGUGAUGUUAUUAAAAAACAAGGCUUCUUUUUUGGCUAUGAUUCAUUCAUUUACUACUUGGUAGUACUUCAAGCAGGCGGUGGACUUAUUGUUGCUAUGGUAGUAAAGUAUGCGGAUAAUAUACUCAAAGGAUUUGCCACCUCUUUGGCAAUCAUAAUUUCGUGCAUAGCUUCUAUUUAUUUAUUCGAUUUUCAUUUAACAUUUCAAUUUUCUUUUGGUGCAUUUUUAGUAAUUUGUUCAAUAUUUUUAUAUAGUUAUCAGCCCAAAAAAACUAUUGAUAAACAUUCUUCUAUAGACAAAUCUGAUGUAUGAUAUAAUUGUCAUUUUUUUUAUUAAAAAAGAAAAUUCAUAUUUAAGUGAAUACUUAGAAUAAUCAUUGUUGUAAACAUGAAUUAUGUAAACAUAUUCAAAUUAUUUCUUUGCAAUAUAAAUAAUCAAAUCAGAUAUAUCAAAGAUUUUAUGAUCUUAGCAAAGAUUAAUGAAUUAUGACAUUUUAAUAAAAUUAGUUAACUUUCAUAACUGGUAUAUUUUUAUAGGAGAAUAUAAUAAAUAUAUAAUCACGUAAAAAAGUAAAAUUCGACAUAAAUACUUUCUUUAUACUACACACUAUAUUGUUAUAAAUGUCAUAUAUAUAUGCAUAAGUGUAAAAAAAAUAGACUUCAUUAGAUUAUAAAGAUGAUAAAUCCUUAUGAAUUAAGAUCAUAAUCUUGAGUUUUUAAAAUUAUUAAUCAUUGUCCAAAAUAGAAAGAUAUUUUUCUGCAUUAAGAAUUGAGCGAAUUGCAAUUUGAAAAAUCUUCGUAAUGCAGAAUACAAAUUCAUCUAUAAAAAUCAUGUUCUCCUUUUGAGAUAAUUAAAUUAAAAAAUCAAAUUUUUUAUACUUAUACUUUUUAUAUAUAAUCUGAUUUUAUGUACUCCGAAAAGGAAUGUUAUAUUUUAUAGAAAUUAUUUUAUAUCGAUAAGUAAGAAAUUCUUAUUUAAUAGUAACACAUUUUAAACCAAAAAAAAAAAAAAAAAAAAAAAAAAAAAAAGAAAAAAAAAAAAGAGAGAGAAGAGUUAGAAGAUUGAUAAUUGUAUUUCUAUUAAAUUUUUUGUGUUAAUAGUAACGAAAAAUAAAAAAAUUUUUACAAUGUACACAGAAUUUUCCUUUAGAUAUUUAUUCCACAAAUGAUGCCAUUUUAUUAUCACUUAACGACCUUUGAUAUCAAGGAUCAAAAAACAUAUACAUAGAUGAAUUUGCACAUUCAGUAAUUACUGAAUAUUCUGAAAUGAAUUUUAUUAUAAUUUAAAGUUACUCAUUGAAUUAUAAAAGUGCUUCGUUCAAAUUACGUGCACUCGUUUGAAAAUCAGUGAGACCACAACACAUAUCACAAAUCUGUCUAUCUCUUUUUAACCUUUCUAACAUAUCCGUUCGGUGUCAUCUAGAUUAUGACAUAUAUACAUAUAAACAAUCACUGUAAUUGUACGUAAUACAACUGCAAAUGAAAUUAAAUAUUCCAAGACGAAAAAGUAGAAAAAAUAUCUCGUUAAUCAUAUACAUUCGAAGGUUAUAAAAAUUUACAAAGGAGUUUAAUGUUAAAAAGAUGCAUUAUAACAUAAAGGCAAAUCGUAUCGAAGAUACCAAGUUUCAAAAUGCAGUAGAAUUUAUAAUCCACGAUUUAAAAUUUAUAUUAUAGAUUUGAUACCGAUCGAUCAUUAUCAUCGUUUUAAUCAACGAGUAUCAUUUCUUUUGCUUAUUUUCUCUCUUUUUUUUCCCCGUAAUAAAAUUAAAGCAUUGAAUUAUUUUUAAUAAAAAAAAACGCGCCACGCUCGAACCCGUUGAGUGAAGGUUAUAAGUUCGUUAUAUUGGUAGCAGUGAGACCUAACCUUUCAGAAGCGUAGCAGCAGGAUCGCGAGUGUACGCGAUUUUUGAGGAAGCACAAAAGAAGUUUUUCUAUUUCACGAUCGCACGCUUUUUCACACGGUUUCGUAGG